UGUUACCCAGCAAGUUUAUUAUCAGGCAGCCAUCUUGGUGUCUAUCAUCGGAGCAGCGACUCACAGCCUACUCUAUCUGAGCUAGCCGAGCGAGAGGAGAGGCAGAGCGUUGUUAUACCAGUACCCAGACCGCACCGCGCUGCAGAGACGAACAGAGGAGAGGGCAGGGCUGCGCACGGUGGCUUUUCUCCUUACUCAUCUGUAAAGGGAGGAGAGCGUGAAGGGCAAGGAAUAACAAACCCAGCAUCCAUCCAGCCUCCUCUUUUCACUCUCCCUUUGUUUUCAGCACAUAGACUGGCCUUACUUUGCAUUGCCUGUCUUUCUGGAGAGAGCUGCGUUGUUUCCAUUUGUCUCUCAGCCCUCUAUUCGCUGAGUCAUCAUGGCAGACCUGAUGGCCCAGCCCGAUGCCCCGACUCCCACCACCGACAAGAUCACGCAGGCCGCCCGGGAGACCAUCUACCUGUGUAACUUCCGCGUGUCGGUGGACGGAGAAUGGCUCUGUCUCAGGGAGCUGAACGACAUCUCCCUCACCCCAGACCCAGAGCAAGCCCACGAAGAUCCGAAGGACCCUAUAGCCAUCGAGCGGUUGAAUCUGAUGAACAUGGCUAAGCUGAGCAUCAAGGGUCUGAUUGAGUCGGCCCUGAACCUGGGCAGGACCCUGGACUCUGACUACGCUCCGUUACAGCAGUUCUUCGUGGUCAUGGAGCACUGCCUCAAACACGGACUCAAAACCAAGAAGACGUUCCUGGGGCAGAACAAGUCUUUCUGGGGGGCCCUGGAGCUGGUGGAGAAACUCACCCCUGAGGCUGGUGAGAUCACCGCCAGCGUCAAAGAUCUGCCAGGACUCAAAACCCCAUUAGGAAGAGGGCGGGCCUGGCUGCGAUUGGCCCUGAUGCAGAAGAAGCUGUCAGAUUACAUGAAGACCAUCAUCAACAGAAAGGACCUGCUCGGUGAGUUCUACGAGUCCAACGCUCUCAUGAUGGAGGAGGAAGGAGCCGUGAUCGCCGGACUGCUGGUUGGGUUGAACGUCAUCGAUGCUAAUCUCUGUAUGAAGGGAGAAGACCUCGACUCACAGGUCGGGGUGAUAGAUUUCUCCAUGUAUCUUAAGGAUGGUCAAAGCAGCAAGACGGCAGAAGGGGAUGGCCAGAUCACAGCCAUCCUGGACCAGAAGAACUACGUUGAGGAGCUAAACAGACACCUGAGUGCUUCCGUCAACAACCUGCAGGCCAAAGUGGACACUAUGGAGAAGUCCAACACCAAGCUCACUGAAGAGCUUGCAGUAGCCAACAACAGGAUCAUCACCCUACAAGAGGAUGUAGAACGAGUCAAGGAGGAGAGCUCCAACCAGUCCAGUCGCAAGGCAUCGCGGGCAGGGGACAGCUUGGCAGACGGUCAGGUGCUGGGGGAGGCACGCAAACAGCUCAAGGAGGAAACACAGCUACGAUUGGAUGUAGAGAAGGAGUUGGAGGUUCAGAUUGGUAUGAAGCAGGAGAUGGAGCUGUCUAUGAAGAUGUUAGAGACGGAUAUGUGUGAGAAACAGGAUGCUCUGGUUGAACUACGACAACAGCUAGAAGACCUCAGGUCCCUCAACCAGCAGCUAGCGCAGAAAUCCCAGAACUUGGAGGCGGGCGCCGAGCAGAAGAGUGAGGUCAUCAGUCGCUUGGAGGAGAAGACUAAUCAGAUGGCUGGAACUAUAAAACAGCUGGAGAGCAGUGAGAAAGACUGUGUGAAGCAGGCCAGAAGCUUGAGUUCUAAUGCAGGGAAACUGCUUCAGAAGCAACUAUAGGACUCUCCUCUCUUCCCUUUCUCUCCCCACAAUCACACCCACAUCAUAGUUUCAGAAAUCUGAUUCCCAAUCGAAACAUAAAACCAACCUUUGCAUAAUAUAGAAGUGACUAAGCUAGGGUAUUUAUUUUGAUAUGAUAUCUGUUGCGGUUAAACCUUUUCAUUUCUAACUGUUAAACAAUCUUUUGUUUCCUAAAACUAAACUCUCCUUAAACAGUUUUCCUGACAGCAUUAUUUUGAUUAGCAGCAUGGACUGGAGACAGGCUAGAGGGGGCCAGAGAGAGUCUAUCUUUCUGUUGUACUGAGACAGGCUAGAGGGGGCCAUAGAGAGACUAUCUUUCUGUUGUACUGAGACAGGCUAGAGGGGGCCAGAGAGAGACUAUCUUUCUGUUGUACUGAGACAG